UUAAUAUGUUAUAUAUAUUUUUUAAAUUACGUAAACUGACUAAUAACAAUAAACAAGUAUUAACUUUGUGUUAAAAUUGUGUUUUGUGUUCGCCGCGGCAAUCGGUUUGAUUUGAUAAUUUAGUGCAACACAUACGGUCGUCCCAAAAUAUUUUUACUGCCUUUGAAAUUUUAUAGACUGUUUUUAGUGAUUUGUUUUUUCUCCUUUCCCGGCUUUAAAAUCUAAACGUGUGUACGAGAAAUAUCGGUCUACUGCGGUGGGUGCGUCGUACAGGAUCACAAUAUUUCCGGUAUGUUUUAAUUAUUAUAAAAUAUCAAUAGGUACAUCAAUAUAUGUACAUUAUAAAAAUUAACAACAACUUAGUGGUAAAAAAUAUUACGAAUAGUUAAGUUAUAAAAAAUACCUAAGUAGUAUAUAUCAAAUCCAUGACACCUAUUAAGAUGGAAAAAUAUGAAUGGAUUAAUCCUGAUAACCAUAGUAUUGCCGUUGAUGACCAGAAACAACCAGUUUUAAAUGAAAAUGGCGAUCUUAUUGUGUUGGACAACGAAAGCGGAAAGUGUAUAGCAGUUCCUAACUCUGAGGAAGUAUUGGAAAUUUUUGGUUUUGGGUACCAUGGGAGUUACGGGUCACCCCCCGGGUCACCAAAAGAUUCAUCUGAACACGAUAUGAAACCAAUCGUCCAAGUCUUGACAGGCCCUUUGACGCCCAGUAAUAGUUUUCCAAAAUCGUAUUUCACUGACGGGGUGGAGGAGACAUCCGACGCUGACCAACUAUUGUGGAGCAUGAGGACACCAUGCCAGAAGGAUAUUGAAGCGACUAGGGAGAUGCUAGGACUAGUGGCCUCUAAAAAAUACCAGGAUAUGUUCAACGACCAAUGCACGGUCAAGAUUCGAGUGUGGAAGCGGAUAUGCGAGGAACUAAUGUCGAAAGGGUACAGAAUCGCGGACUCAGUGAACGAAGGUGGCAUCAAGUGCCACCAAAAAUGGCGCAACCUGGAGAAGUCGUACCGGAACUAUCUAAUUUGCUCAACAGACCCGAACAGUUCAGCGCCCAAAAAACCACCGCCGUACUUCGAGGCACUGCACGACAUUCUUAAGCGGAAGAAGAAGUACGCGAACGCGGCCACGUACACCCAAACAGUGGUCGUCGGCGAUGACAUGGCCGACGCGGACGCAUCGAGCGUCAGCGGCAUGCAUAACCAUCACAUGAACGACUCGGACGCGGCACUAGACGACAUGGACGAUAUGGACGGCCCGAAUGACGACCACUGUUACGUGGUCAACAGUUCCGGUCACGUGUCCAAACGGUUCAAAGUGGACCCGCUGACGAUGUGCUCGACCACCAGCGGCGGCGGCAACGGCGGCGGAGGCGUCGGUUCGUCAUCGUCGUCUCGCCGGCAUCAUCACGUCCAGCAACCGGACGUGCUGGAACAAAUACUGGAACAGAUGGUUCGCGUGCACCGGGACACGCUGUCCAUGCACGAUCGGCACUUCACCAGGAUGGAGAAGUUGAUAAAGGAGAACGCGGCGCAGACCAAGCGGCUGGCCGACGUCAUGAGUCAGUUGUUGCACAACAGCCGCAUGGACGAUUGCGGCAGCGGCAAAAGCAACGACAAGUCGACCGGCAUGGCGUCGUCAGACAUUGAAUGAUCAGAGUCUCACGUGACUCUUAGUAUAUAAAGUGUAUAAUAUUAUAUAUUCGCAGUCGACGAACGUGGCACCGACAAGAAACGUUACCCUUACCCCUUACACCACGUUCGUAUUUUUUCUUGUGUUUACCUCAGAAUUGUGUACGCAUUUCAAACAAUUUUCUUUGCCCCCCCCCCCUCUCACCAAAUUUAGGAUCCCAAUUUGUUCAAAUUCAAAUGAUUCAAAUAAUAUGUAAUAACAAAUAUACAUAGCAUUUAUAUAUUAUAUAAGAUUUAAUAAAGUAGAUCGCCUUUUUCAUGUAUAUUUAUAAGGUAGUCCCGCGCGUGGUUAUCAAUUUGUUCGGUAUUUUAUAUUCCUCUUGUGUAUAAUUCAUAUUAAUUAUAAGUUAUUUGAAACCAUUAUAAUAUUAUUAUGAUAAUAAAACCAUUAGUAUAUUAUA